AUGUCUUCGUUAGAAACGGAACCGGAAUUCCGUACAAAAUCGGAAACCACAGCACCAAAUGAUGUACAAUUUCGCGGUUCAACGGAUUUUGUUCUAAUUACCGAUCAUCGUACUUCCCAAUAUCGCAGCCAGGAACAAUUACUAACAAAUCCCGAAGAAGAACAAUCGUGUAUGAGAAAAAUAUUUCGCAAGAAAAUCCUUUACAAACGUCUGCCGAUCUUACAAUGGCUACCGAAAUAUACAGUGGCAGAUGCCAUUGGUGAUUUGAUCGCGGGUAUAACGGUUGGUCUAACUGUAAUACCUCAGGGUUUGGCCUAUUCUAGCGUUGCUGGCUUACCCACACAGUUUGGUCUCUACGGUUCGUUUAUGGGUUGUUUUGUCUACGUCAUUUUGGGUACGUGUAAAGAUAGUACAGUCGGAUCAACAGCUAUUGCAUCACUACUGACAUAUCAAGUAGCCAAGGGGGUGUGGCAACGGGCAGUUCUACUCACUUUCAUAACUGGUCUAAUGGAAAUAUGUAUGUCAAUCUUUCGAUUGGGAUUCUUGGUGGAUUUUGUUUCUGGUCCAGUGAGUGCAGGAUUCACCAGUGCUGUUGCCCUAAUUGUCUCAACGUCACAAGUUAAAAAUAUACUUGGUGUUAAAAGUGAAGGAGCAUCAUUCCUGCAGCGAUGGAUUAGUAUGAUCAACGAUAUUCACAAUAUUCGUGUUAACGAUGCCAUUUUGGGUUGCUGCUGUGUCAUCAUUUUGAUUAGUCUACGUGCAGUGGGUCGCAUAAAACUGGGACCAAAAGAAUCGGGAGAACUUAAAUGGUAUCAGGGAUUAUUGAAUCGCAUGUUUUGGUUUAUGGGUGUUAUGCGUAAUGCAACAUUGGUUAUCACCUGUGCCGCCGUCAGCAUGUAUUUGGAAUCACAGGGUAAACAUUAUUUCCGUUUAACUGGACAUGUACCAGAGGGGUUACCCAUACCAGCGAUACCACCAUUUUCAAUUGAAGCUAUGCCGGGUAAUGAAACAUUGGGUAUUCCACCCAUUGAGGGAGAGAGUUUCUUCACAAUGAUCAGCAAUUUGGGAUAUGGUUUGAUUAUUGUACCCAUGAUCGCUAUGCUGGAGAAUAUAUCGGUGUGCAAGGCAUUUGCCAAAGGCAAACCUAUUGAUGCCACCCAGGAACUAUUCGCCAUUGGUGUUGCCAAUGUGGCCAAUUCAUUUUUCCAAGGAUAUCGUGGUAAUGGUGGUCUUGCACGUUCGGCUGUCAACAAUGCCAGUGGUGUUCGAACGCCAAUGGCAAAUUUAUAUAUUGGUCUCGUUGUGAUGUUUGCACUGGUCUAUUUAACGAAAUAUUUCUAUUUUAUUCCGUUGACGGUGUUGGGCGCUAUUAUUAUAUCGGCGGUUAUAUUUCAAUUGCAGUAUCAUGUUAUAAAACCAAUGUGGCGCAGUAAACGUUCUGAUUUAAUACCCGGUGUGGUGGCCUUUAUUACAUGUUUGGUUUUACCCUUGGAAAUUGGUAUUUUGAUUGCUAUUGGUGUAAAUAUGCUAUUUAUUUUGUAUCACUCGGCCAGACCCAAAGUAUCACUUGAGACCAUAGAAACAAUGGAAGGUUAUAAAUUCCUGAAAUUAACACCCGAUCGCUGCUUAAUUUUCCCCUCAGUGGAAUUUGUUCGCAAUAUGGUUUUAAAAUCGGGCAAUAAAACACAUCUGCCCGUCGUCUUAGACUGUACAUAUAUUUAUGGUGCCGAUUAUACAGCAGCCAAGGUGAUUUCUUCGAUGGUCGAAGAUUUCAAAAAACGUGGUCAAAAGCUUAUAUUCUUCAAUUUGAAACCAAGUGUGGUACACAUUUUCGAAGGACUUAAAUGUAAAUUGGUAUUAUGCUAUAAUGCCAAAAGUUUACUUGACGAGCUGAAGCAAACCGAAACACCAACUGUGAAAAGUGAAUGUGAUAUCCCACCAUCUUUAAAGUUCGACAUGAGUAAUGGUGACAAUCAGAGCACAACGAGUACGAUAACCUUGACUAAAUAUAAGAGUAGAUUUUAG